AUGGACGAAACUUCAUCCGACUCUUUUCAGUCUUCACACGAGUCUGCUUCCUAUUCAUCUAACUCUUCACACGAGUCUGCUUCCCAUUCAUCUCAGUCUUCACACGAGUAUGCUUCUCAGUCUUCCGACGAGUAUGUUUCCUCUUCAUCAGAUGGUCUGGAAUUUGAACCAAAGAAUGCAUUGCCAACAUCUGAUAGAAAAAAUGUUAAGCGGAAAUUGUCGAGUUCCUCAUCGGAAAGCGAUGGAGGAGGGUCAAGUAGAAGACUGAACAAAGUGGAAGAUGCAGACGGCGAUGAUGAUGGCCCUGUGAGAUACCGCAGAGGGAAACAGGUAAAGAUAGAAGAAUCUUUGUGUGUGUGUGGUAUUUGCAUGGAUGCCAUACCUGAUGAAAAGAAGUUCAGGAUCCAAAACUGUUCUCACAUCUUUUGCAAUGGCUGCAUCACAAGACAUGUUGCUGCAAAGAUUGAGGAGAAUAGAUCAGUGGUGCAAUGCCCAAACCCUAAUUGCAAGGAGGGUAUAGAGCUUGAGCAUUGUGGUUCGAUUAUCCCUAAAGAAGUGUUCGAUAAAUGGGGAGAUAUUCUUUGUGAGAAUCUAGUGGUUGAAGCAGAAAAGUUUUUCUGUCCUUUUAAGGACUGUUCAGCUAUGUUGAUGCGUGAUGGUGAAGAAGUUGUGACUUCAUCAGAGUGUCCACAUUGCCACAGACUGUUCUGCGCACAGUGCAGGGUUUCGUGGCAUGCAGGAAUGGACUGUGAGGAGUUUCAGAGGUCGAAAAGAGAGAUAGGAGAGAAUGGAGACUCGAUGGUGACGAAGCUUGCAAAGAAGAAAGAUGUAAUCAUAAAUUUUGCUAUGAUUGUGGAUCGUCUUGGAACAAUAAUGAGCACUAUUCAUGCCGAUCUAAAUAAGAAUUGCAAAAACAUUGUUAUG